AGUUGUUGUCCAACCUUUCAAAUGGCUCCUCUUCCCACACCGCCUGACUCCUUCUCCAACUACUACUCCAAAUGGGAUUCCUAUGCAGCUGGCAUCGGGGAUGAGGAUGAUGAUAGUGAUAUGCCUGGCUCGAUAGCAGACCAGUCGAGGCCAGUGGCCGAGGCCAGGCAGCAGCUGGAACGCCAGAAUCAAGUCUCGGCUCAGAAGGCUGCAAUGCUCGCUAAGAUGAAGGCGAAUGAGAUCACGCUGGAAGCAGCUGACCUGGAGGCGCUCGAUGGUGUCAUUCGCGUAUCAGACGUAGCUCUAGCAGGGAAGGCUUUGAGGCUGCGAGGAAUAAAGGCUCGAAUCGUCCAUGUCGAAGUGGAUAAAAUACUCAAGUUGUUCAUUGAGGAGUUCGAGGACUGCCAAGUCUUAGUACACAGCGAAAUUGUUACACAGACCGCCGAGCUCUGGUCCUGCAAGAAGACCUGUCUAAGUCUCCUCAAAGGGGUGGAGACGGUCCAAUGUGAUGCUUGUGAGAAUGUGUCCAUCGCUGGGGCUGUGAGAGUAUGCAGUAGCAACUGUACAGCGUUGAAAGUCAAUGGCGCUGAGGUUGCCGAGACCGCCAGGACCGAGCAGGUGUUGAGCCAAGCUGAUGAGCACGGUAAGGUGAAGAGCGAUAAGAUGCAGCGGUUUGGCCGGGACCAACUACCAGUGAUGGACGCUGGAGAUGGUACCAGUACGAAGCCUUCUGCAGAGAAGGACAUAGCGGAAUCUCAGAAGGACCUUGGAAAUGAUGCCUUCAAGGAGUGCGACUUCAUGCAGGCAGUUGUAUUCUACACCAACGCUCUGGACCACGACUCAACAAUGGCGGUAGCCCUGUCCAACAGGGCUCAGUGUUGGCUCAAGCUUGGGGACUUUGAGAAGGCCGAGAGUGAUGCUUUGAAGGCGGCUCAGCUCGAGGGGGCAACUGAGCGUAUCAAGGCUAAGUCCUGGUUCCGAGCAGGCAUGGCUCGCCAUGGCAGAGGUGACUUCAGCGGAGCAUGCGAGUGUUUGAGUAAGGCACAGGAGAUAGACCCAAAGAAUCCUCAGAUCGACCACGCUUUCAAGAUGGCUGAAUUUAAGAUGCGGCAGAGUAAGCCGAAGUGGAGUAGCCAAUGA